UUUUGCUUUCGCUGCAUACAAUUUCAUAUCAAUAUAUAUUUUUAUUUUUUAAAUUGUUUUCUUUUUUUUUUUUUUCUCUAGACCAGUUUAAACCAUGGAAUCUCAACAUGCACAUUGUGUUAAUUGUGUCAGCCGACGUUGUAUGACUAGACCAGAGGCUGGAGUUUCCUGUGAUUUGAUAGGCUGUCCACAUGUUUGUGGAGCAGUUUUCCAUUCCUGCAAAGCUGAUGAACAUAGAAUGUUAUGCCCUCUUGAAAGAGUGCCUUGCUUAAAUAAUGGAUUUGGAUGUCCUUUUAGUGUGAUCCGUAACAAGUUAGCUGAGCAUCUGCAAAUAUGCCCUGCAAGUGUAGUAUGUUGUACAAUGGAAUGGAACAGAUGGCCAGUGAGUUAUGCAGACCGGAAAUCGUAUGAAAACCUAAGUAAGGAUGUUGAUGUAGUUGAGCAGUUAGACAUGGCCUUAGCUCUGCAAGAUCAAAGAAUGCUUUUGGAGUCACUGAAAGUUGCAACCAUGAUGUCUAAAACAACUGGCAAUCUUGACUCUCAAGAACAAAUAACUGUUGCAUCAAUUGACAGCAACCACACACUUGCAAAUGGCUUAAAUGGCGAUGAAGAUUCAUACAGUGCACUUUAUCAAGCAACUGUAGAGACCACUAAGAGUUUAGCAGCUGCUCUUGAUGUCCUAAAUAAUGCUACAAGAGACAUAGCUAUGCUUAAUGGACGAUUACGUGAUGCAAGCUGUGAGAUGAAUAAAAAUUUCCAACUUACAGAGGAGAAUGAUGCAUGUAACUCAUAUCUCAAAGAUCAGGAAUUAGAAGAUGAAGAGUUCGUGGGAGCUGUUGGUGGAACAGUCACGUGUCCAUUGAAACACGCACAUCAAAAUGGUUCUAGUGAUUUCUAUCCUGAAAAAGAAGACAAAGCCAAUAAUAUAACAGAAGAAACAGUGUUGUGCAAUGGCUUCCAUGAUGAAACCCCCUCUGGUCUUCAGAGACCAGAUAAAGAGGAAGGACACAAUUGUGGAGCAAAACAAAAUGGUGCUAGUAGUCUAUUAAAAGAAGAAUCUGGAUAUAAACUUUUGAAUCCCAAUGGUUCUUCAACAAGCUUACUCAAAAAGCAACCAGUUACAUGCAUAAUGAAUGGAGUAAAGGAAGAGAACUCUUCAGAAGAACAAAAAUUAGACCGAAAAGAUGAACAUGGACUGAGAAAUGUGGCUGUGUUUGGCAGGCGUCCUUUUCUGGUUGACGCUUAUUGGUUUAAAGCAAAAAUGGAAGACAAAGCAGUUGAUACAACAGACUUAGAGAUACAAGAGGAUCCCAUGGGCCUUAAUGGAAUUGACCUGAUUACAGCAGCUUUACUGUUCUGUUUAGGAGACUCACCUGGUGGUAGAGGUAUUUCUGAUAGUCGGAAUGUUGAUGGGUAUCAUGUUGACUUUGGAACACAGACAUUCUCUUUUCCUUCUGCAAUAUUGGCAACAAAUACAAUGGUAGGGGACAUAGCAUCAGCUUCUGCAUGUGAUCAUGCAAAUCCUCAGCUUUCUAAUCCCAGUCCUUUUCAGACUCUUGGCCUGGAUUUGGUACUGGAAUAUGUUGCAAGAUACCAAACCAAACAGAGGUCUAUGUUUACAUUUGUAUGUGGACAGUUGUUUAGAAGAGACGAGUUUUCUUCUCAUUUCAAGAAUGUUCAUGGUGAUAUUCAUGCAGGAUUAAAUGGUUGGAUGGAGCAAAGGUGCCCAUUGGCAUAUUAUGGGUGUACAUACUCCCAACGUAGAUUUUGUCCAUCGACACAAGGAUCCAAAAUUAUUCAUGACCGGCAUUUGAGAUCUUUUGGAGUUCAACCCUUCUUACCUAGACAACAUGAAUCUACAAAAUGUUCAUCAUUUGGACAACCUGUUGAUCAUUUUAGUAGUUUGCCUUAUGAAGUAUUGCAACAUAUUGCAGGUUUUCUUGACGGCUUCACUUUGUGCCAACUUUCAAGAGUGUCUAAGCUAAUGAGGGAUGUGUGCGCCAGCUUGCUUCAAGCUCGUGGAAUGGUUGUUUUAUUGUGGGAAAAAAGGCAAUAUCCAAAUGGAAGUUCGUGGCAAAUAAAGGAAAAGGUAUUUACAGCUCAAAUUUCCAAAUAUAAGCAUUGCAUUUAUUUUACCUUUAUCAAAUGGUGUUUAAAAAAAGGGGAAAAAAAGUUCUUAAAUUAAGUGUAAUAAUUUAUGUGCAAAAUGCAAUAGCUUAAACUUUAAGCUACUGCACAAAUUCUAAACAAAUCAAAUAACUAUUUAGUGUCUAUAAAAGUAGUGUAUAUUAGGUUAAAAAAAACAAUAAAAAGCAGAGUGCUACAAUCACCUAUGUGGGUCACUCCACCACACAUAAAUAAGUGAAUAAAAUGGUAAAAGUGGUGAGAGGACACAAAAUAAAAAUAACAAAUUUGUUACCACUAUGUUCGAUUAAAAUCCUGUAAAAGACAAAAUCAGGAGAAGAAACAUAGGGUAAUAACGUACAGAUAAUUGAUAUAUCAUUUAAUAAAUGUACAAACUCACAUAUUUCUGAGCCACUUAAAAUGAAAGCUGGCUCAGACUAAGAACGUUCAAUAGAUGGUAUAGUGGUAGCUGAAGUUAAAUGCCAACUGCUUACUCGUCCCUUCUUUCAAGAAACCCAGGAUGCAGGAUCUUCAUUUAAAAAAGGUUUAUUUUCCAAAGUAAAAACAGCAGCAAAAAUAAAAAUCAGCAAUCACACUGUCCACACACUGACGCGUUUAAGCCAAAGCCUUUAUCAAAGUGUAAGUCCAUUCAGUCCGUUCAUAGUUUAAAUAGGAGCCUUUUCGCGCCCUUUUUCCCCAAUUGGUAAUAAUAAGCUCCUCCCCUUCAAAUUAGACGCAGCCGACAACCGGCAUCCUUGCUUAUGUGGUUAUCUUAUUUUACUCCCGCGUUCGUCAUGAUGACGUGGGGGGGAUCUGUUCGCUUAUGCCGAUUAGACUUUGGUGUUGCAGAGGGAAUUCUCUGCUACAAAGUGCAGCAUACAUAUUGUCAUAUUCUAUCAUUUAAAAACAAUAUUACAACACAUAAGAAAAUUAGUGGGAGAAAAAAAACAAAAAAAAAGUAUUGAUUCAUUUAAAGAUAAAGUAAUACAGGAGGAAUAAAGUCAACUAUAAACAGCAGGCAAACAUCUUGCACAAUAUUUCAUUUUUAACUAUUUUCUACAAAUAUUAAUAUAACACAUCUAUAUAUGCAUAAAAUUUGAUAGAGAAAAGAUGAGUAUUUCCUAAAAGUCUAUAUUUUUACUGAUAUAAAAAUUCGUGCCUGGGAUAAAAUUAAAUGCAUUUAUUGGAAAUUGUUCAAUAAAUAAGAAUAUAAUAUAAUAUAAAAAAGUUAUACAAAAAAUUCCAUUAAAAAUUCCUUAAAAUUAAACAUAAGUAUUAAUCUCAAAAACUGCAUUAAGCUCCCUCGGUGUAAGUGUGUCCAAAUUAAAAAUCCAUCUCAUUUUGGUCUUGCUUAGGAGACUAUCUUAAUCUCCACCUCUCCAGUGCAUUUUGACAUGAUCUAUUGCAAAAAACUCCAAGCAACUAGCAUCUCCAUUAUGAUGUUCCAUGAAAUGCUUGGACACACCAUGAUUGGGGAAUUUCCUUUGGAUGUUGUAUAUAUGCUCCCUAAUCCUUGUCUUGAAUGGGCGUGAUGUCUUCCCUACAUAUUGUCCACAAGGACAGGUUAGCAUAUAUACAACAUCCACUGUAUUGCAUGUGAUAAAAUACUUUAUUUCAUAUUCUUUUUUAGUAUUAAAAUAAAUACAUUUAAAAAUUCUCCUCUUAUUCCCAGUUCUUAUCUUGCACCCUCUACAAUUUCCACAAUAAAAGAAUCCUUUUUGUUCUUUUAAAAAAUUGUUAGGGCAUUCAGUCUUUUUUUUUACAUCAAAGAAGCUAUUCGUUAGAAUUUGUUUAAAAUUCCUAGCUCCUCUAAAGAUAAGUCCGAGUUGAUCCCCCUAUGAAUGGGCGUAUUUCAUCAUCUAUACUUAAAACAUGCCAAUUUUUCUUGAUAAUUCUGCGAAGAUUAUGAUUGUUAGAAUUAAAAUAAAAAAUUAAAGGGAGAGUUUUUGAUGUUUCAAGAUGUUUUUGAUGAAGAAACAUCAAAAACUCUCCCUUUCAUUUUAUAUUCCAAAAUCCACUGGAGAGUAAAGGCUCCUAUUUAAACUAUGAACGGACUGAAUGGACUUACACUUUGAUAAAAGCUUCGGCUGAAAUGAGUCAGUGUGUGGACAGUGAUUGCUGAUUUUUAUUUUUGCUGCUGUUUUUACUUUGGAAAAUAAACCUUUUUUUAAAUGAAAAUCCAGCAUCCUUGGUUUCUUGAAAGAAGGGAUGAGUAAGCAGUUGGCAUUUAACUUCAGCUACCACUAUACCAUCUAUUCAGCGUUCUUAGUCUGAGCCAGCUUUCAUUUUAAGUGGCUCAGAAAUGUGAGUUUGUACAUUUAUUAAAUAAUAUAUCAAUUAUCUGUACGUUUCUACCCUAUGUUUCUUCUCCUGAUUUUGUCUUUUACAGAAUUUUAAUUGAACAUAGGGGUAACAAAUUUAUUUUUAUUUUGUGUGCUCUCACCACUUUUACAAUUUUAUUCACUUAUUUAGUGGCUAUACUCCCAAUGAAAACGUGUAUGCAUUUAAAGGGACGCUAUAGUGACCAAAACAACUUUAGCUUAAUGAAGCCAUUUUGGUGUAUAGAUCAUGCCCCUGCAUGAUCAUGCUCACUACUCUGCCAUUUGGGAGUUAACUCACUUUGUUUAUGCAAUUCACAUGCUAGUCAUACCUUCCUGCAUGUGAAUUGCACAGCCUUCCUGAACAUUUACUGUAAAGUGAAGUCUAAUGUUUACACUUCCUUUAUUGCAAAUUCUCUGUUAAUAGCUUGCUAGACCAUGCAGGAGCAUCCUCUAUUUAAUUAAAGUCCAAUUUACAGAGCAGGGAAUAAAAAUUUCUAAAGUGAGUUAACAUCUGAUUGACAAUGAAACAAGGCAGGGGAAAAGUUAUGUAACUCCUAAACGGCAGAUAAUUGAGCAGUGAGACUUCAGAGACGUGAUCUAUACACAAAAAAUACUUUAUUAAGGUAAAGUUGUUUUGGUGACUAUAGUGUCACUUUAAAUUAUGCUUCUUUUUCAUUAGAAGUAUAGCUAACAGCUUGCAAAACGCUGUCUGGUGCCUUUGCAAGUUUUAAUUUGACUGAAAAGAAAAAAACAUUUCUAAAAGCUAAAUUGGAGAUGGUUCAAAUUAAAAUGUAAUAUACUCCAUUUGUGUUUUUAAUUCUUCUAAAGUAAGUAUGAAAUUGGCAAUGAAAACAUCAUAUGCUGGCUUCAUGCACAUUCCCUUGUAAUCUUCACUCAGAGUACAGAUAGUGAAGAGUUAGAAAAUGAGCAAAAUCUUUGUAUACAGUUUAAUCUGAUAUUUGAAUGAAAAAAACAUAUAUAUGUCCUAAAAAUAGCUGGUCAGUUCAGCCCCAGUCUCAUUUAUAGCCUAUUUGCUAUUGACUGCGGUAUGGAACAUGAAGACUUCUGUUGUUUUUAUUUGUGACCAAUAACUUACACUCUCUUGUACUUCACAUUCACUUUAUACCAUAUUGUUUUACUUGUAUAAGUGCUGGUUUUGUGUUUUUAGUUGGUUUGGGUUUUUGUUUUUUCCCCAUACCUGUAUUCAUGUUUUUUGUUUUCUUCUAGGUCUGGCGUUUCAGCACUGCUUUUUGCACAGUGAAGGAAUGGAAGUUCGCAGAUAUUGUGAGCAUGGCAGAUCAUUUGAAAAAAUGCAGCUUCAAUACUGUAGAGAAGAGAGAAGUAGCCGUUCCUCUACCUUGCAUGUGUGUGACUCGGGAACUCACAAAAGAAGGGCGUUCACUACGAUCUGUCUUGAAACCUGUCCUUUAACAACAAAGGGGGAAAAAGUUCUCAUCCACCUGCACCAACACUCAAGCACCAGUUUUAUCCUCUAUACAAGUUGUGACACUUUAAUAUUUAACUAAAAUCCACUCUAGUACUGUAUAUAGCAAUGAUUUUGGAAGUGAUGUUUAUUUUUUUACAUAUAUAUAUUAAAGUAUAUAUAUUAAAGUGAAAACCAUUUUAGAGUCGUACAAAUGCGAAGUGAUGAUAAAUGCCUUAAAUAUGAAGGAAGUCAAAUUCUGCCGGACACAGACGCCUAUGACUUUCUAAAUGUAAAUUACUAAUAUUCCUUAUGGGAUCUUGAUCUUUUAGCACAGUUUGCUGAUUCACUAGUGCCAUUACCCUGACAAUUGUACAGAAACCUUCUAUGAACAAUAACUAGCCUUCAUCAUCUUGACCAAAAAUAAAUGUGGAAUGUAUUGGUGUUUGUUUUGAGCAUAUGUUUGUUUCCACUGUCCAUAAACUUAUUAAGGAAAAACAUGCAUGUGCAUAAAAUAAAACAAAAGCCUGUUGUAUUUUUAGGCUCCUAGUCCCAGUAGUAGACUGGCCUUAUACCAGGUUUGAGCUGAAGCCAAUUAGUUAUCAAAAAAUAGUACCAUUUACUUAAACUUCAUGGAGUACAGAAUAUGCACUUGAUUUACUCAAAGAAGCAGUUCUAUAUGAAUGUCAUCAUAUACCCCUCAUUAGCACUUUAUUUCUAAUCUCCAGAAGUCCUCAGGCUGCAUUAGGGAUCAAGUGCUUCAGCUAUGCAGCAUGUAGCAUAAAGGGGUCUUCAGCUUCUCCUCAGAAUGUUUUGCUGCCUGUCUAGUAAAUUCCGUUUUAUGCACUACCUUUCUAUAUUAGUGAUGGAACUCAUUCAAACUUGGUGGGAGGGUAGGUUAUCCAGUAUAUUAAACUAAAGUCUAAAUUUUUAACAUGCAGCUAACUUAUUUGACACGCCCUCCCCCCCACCAUUCACCCUUCUCUGUCUUAUUAAAGGUUAUUUAAAAGUACAAGAUGCUUGGAAUUGAUUUAUUAUUUUUUUUCCUGUGUUGUUUUACUUAUCUUUGUGAGAUGAGCUAAAACAAAUACGGAUAUCACUUACACAUUUGGUAUUGAGAUUUUAUUUGUAAAACUGUAAAUGAUCACGUCUUCCACAUUUAGAUUUCUAUUUGAGUGCUGAGUGUAUUUUGGUUUUGUUUGUUGUUUAAUUUGAGAUGUGUUAAGAGAUUUCACAUGUUUACUGACAUAGUAACUGGUGAAAAAAUGUCGGUCUCCAUCCUAUGCCUUCCUUGUAAAAUGUUCUAAUACAUGAUUACAAACUAGUUAAGCUGUCUAACCAGCGUUGAGGGUAGUUUACUGGCAGAUUUUAAUUUAUUAAUUAUUUUCUUUCCAUUUUCAUGUGAGCAAAAAUGUUUUGUUUUGUUUUUUCAUCUGCUCAUAUUUGGAUGUCAAGACUGUGUGUUUUUUGUGUGUGUUUUCUUCUUCAAAGACUAGUAACCCCUUACAGCAAAGCACUUUUUGUAAAACAGUAUUUAAAUAUUUUAAUAAAGAUGCUGGUAUGAGACAAACUCCAUAUUUUUGAGUUUAGGCUUAGCUGCUUCUCAAAAUCAUGCACAUAUAUUGAGAAUAUUCUGAACUUCACAGCUUUGGGACCUGUCACCUAUAAAUUUAAACAUGGUUGUUUGGUAGAAAGUGGUACAUGUCAUGACUCAAUUAUGCAUAGAGAAGCAUGGUACAUUUUAAAUGCAUUUAUUUCAUUCUGGGCAUUUAAUCAUCCUAUCUGGUGAGCAUGGUAGGUUUUUAUUUGUUUGUGAAUUUUCUCAGGUGCAUUUUGUUUACAUUACUGCCCAUGUGCUACUAGAACAUUACUGUUUUUAUUGAAUCCUUUCAGAAUGAAUAAAAUUGAGCAUUGGACUCUCGUUUGCUAAUAUUUUUCUAUUACUGAUCAUACGUUCAAUACAGCUUCUUGGGAGUAGCUCAACCAAUAAUAAAUUAUAAAGGUAGAUAAAGAAAUUAAGAUCUUCCUGUUGGUUAAGCUGUGCACACAUGGUGGCAUAACAUACCAGCAUCCAAUCUUUCCUGCUUUGAGUAAUUCCACCAAGUCUUGCACAUAUUUGGAUUAUUUUGGUGCCUUUUUUUUUUUUGUCCUAUACAGUAUUCGCUAUAAUUUACACAUUAUACUAAACAGGUUGCUGAAAUUCUGAUGCCAGGUUUAUUAGGAAAUUCCAGUGCCUAUGGCACAUCUAGAAGACUAUAUAUGUUUUUGUUUAAGAUCAAAGACAUACGUGAAAGGAUAUUCCCAAUGUAUUCCUUGUAGCAUAUUGAAUCAAACAAAUUUGAAAUAAAUACAAAUAUCUGGACUUUUUGGAAGACUACUUUAUUCAAAUUGAUCAUUCUAUUACAUUUUCUAAACAUUCAUUAUGUUGUUAUAAUUCACACACAAACAUUUAUAUAUAUUUUAUGCAUGGUGUCUAGAUUGUUACCUAGAAACUAAUUAAGUCUCCCACUUUUAAUAUAAACAUUUGGUAACAUUUGAUUCCAUUAAUAUCACAGGUGUGGUCAAAAUGAUUUAUUUUGCAAUUAUAAAACAUAUUUAUGGUGUAUAAUAAACUCUAAUAAACUUGUUUUUCUUGAUUUUCAUCUGGUACAUGCUUUGUAUAACUCAAUAAUUAAAUCAUCUUUAAUGUUGUUUUUUUUCAGUACAAAUAAGUAU